UGACGAUUCACUAGGCGCGUUAUGAUCGGCAGCGCCUUCUUUUUUAUGAAACGUCAAUUAACCUUGUGCGAUGUGACAUUUUUCGCGAUAGAGGGGACACGGGAAUUAAAAACAAAAUCAUCAGGUGUUAGAAGCAAUGGUUUUGUCGCGCAUGCUGUCGAUUUCGUCGCUGCCGGCAUGUGUGAAAUGUACGAUAUGUACGAUAUCGAGGAGAAGCUUUGCCAGCAAACACUUUCGUCGUAGUUUACCGCCAACGAUACUAAAGGAGAUCUUCGUCGGUGGCAAGACGAAAAAAAUCGCGUCCGCUGAUUUUGGCAAAGACGCCACCGCUGGAAACGAUUUACAGAGAGCGGUCAGUUUCGUACCACCAUGUCUGAAGGAAGAGCUGCUUUGCAAGUUUGCGGAACCGGUACGAGAUUGCUGUCACAAGGUGACGAUCGUAGGGUCUGGAAUGGUCGGCGUGGCCUGCGCGAACUCGCUUCUCUUUCAGAACAUAACCCCGCACAUUGCGAUAGUCGAUGCAUUCCCGAAGAAGCUGGAGGGGGAAGGAAUGGAUUAUAAUCACGGCUCGGUAUUUUUAGGAGAUCCACGCGUAGAUUUCGACACAGACUUUUGUAUUACAAGCAACUCGAAGGUGAUUGUUAUAACUGCGGGCGCGAGACAAAAAAAAGGUGAAUCGCGGUUAGAUUUGGUACAACGCAAUUCGGAGAUUAUGAAGAACAUUAUACCUACUUUGGUUAGUUAUAGUCCAAAUGCUGUGUUCGUGAUCGUCAGUAACCCAGUUGACAUUUUGUCGUGGAUAACGUGGAAAGUGAGCGGACUACCGGCCGGCCGAAUAAUCGGAAGUGGGACUAAUCUCGAUUCAGCAAGGUUUCGUUACUUAAUCGCCGAUCGUAUAGGGAUAGCGCCGAGCUCGGUUCACGCGUACAUCAUCGGCGAGCACGGGGACAGUCAGGUUCCACUCUGGUCUGGAAUAAAUGUCGCUGGUGUACAAUUUCGCGACAUUCUGCCGAAUAUCGGCCUCGAAACCGACGAAGAAAGAUGGUUCGAAAUUUCCAAGGAAGUCGUCAGACUUGGCGCCACGGUUAGGUGUUUGAAGGGAUAUUCCAACACAGCAAUUGGCCUUUCGGUUGCUCACAUCGUAACAGCUAUUCUGUCUAACUCGCAGACGGUUAUACCGGUUUCAACUCUAGUUCAAGGUCAUCACGAAGUUUGUCAAGAGAUUUUCUUGUCGCUGCCCUGUUCCAUAGGUGAGAAUGGCGUCACGAAUAUCGUGCGAAUGCGAAUUACAGAAUUCGAGAAGAAAUUGUUUCAAACAUCAGCGAACUUUGUAUACAACGUGCAAAAGGAUAUCAAAACGUGA